CCCGCCUCUCGCCGUUCUCGCCUGCCUCCUGUCAGCGGGGAGCCGGACCGGCGCGCCCCGGAGGGGCUGCCGCCGCGGGGGAGGGGUGCGGCGAGCGGCGGCCGCCCGCGGGGGGCAGUGGCGGCGUGGAGCGGGGCGACCUCGUCCCCGUGCCCGUCCCGCGUGGGGGAGCGGCGACCCCGCAGCCUCACUGCCCCGUCCCGUCCGGUCCCGCCGCCGCGGCGCGGCUCAUGAGGUGAAGAUGGUGAUCCGCGUCUUCGUCGCCUCCUCCUCGGGCUCGGUGGCGAUAAAGAAGAGGCAACAAGAUGUGGUGAGGUUUCUGGAAGCCAAUCGCAUAGAGUUUGAAGAAGUGGAUAUCACAAUGUCAGAGGAGAAAAGACAAUGGAUGUAUAAAAAUAUUCCUGAGGAUAGGCAGCCCGCGCAAGGCAAUCCACUGCCACCACAGAUAUUCAGUGAUGAUCAGUACUGUGGAGAUUAUGACAGCUUUUUUGAAUCAAAGGAGAGCAAUACUGUCUUCUCCUUUCUUGGAUUGAAACCUACUUUGGCAUCAAAGGAGUCAGAACCCUAGAAAUCCUAUCUAAAGUAUCAACAAGCACAUCUGGAUGAAUGACCCUGUUCUUCAGCACACAGCAGCUUCCCUAAUGGAUCACUGUGAUAGAGCAAACAUGCAUCAUUAAUUGUAGCCUGCUUGCCAUGAGACGGUGCUCUCCAAUAAUGUGGGGUUAAUAACACAUAUAUGAAAAGGUUUAAGGCCAGGCUGCUCAUCUUCCUUUUUAGAUACUCAUUGUUGAUGUUUCACUUCUGUCUUUGGAUUGCUUUUGCAACUGGCACUGAUACUCUAACAGACAUGUGUUUGAGAGUAAGGAGUGGAAGUGUAGGGCUUCUAUCAUUCAUGGAUAUACUUAUGUAGUCAGAUUCCUUACCUUUUUAAAAUCUUCCAACUACUGUAGUUGAAAUCAGCUCAUCAUGGUAGUUGAAGUGCUGGUGUUUAUUAGGGUAUUUGUGUUGGCUAUGAUCCAGAAGGUAAAAAUUGUCAAUCUUAAGAUCUCAGUCUAAGCCAAGAACUGCUGUAUUUUUGCUCUACAUUUAUUUAUUGUGAUGUUUAUCCUAGAUCAUGUUCAUUCUAAGAAACAUGGGCUGCUAACCUUGUUCGUGAAAACUUGAUUUGUCUAAUGAUGCAACUGACUGUUUAAAAACAGUUUUAUCAUGGAGGAGGUGCCAAAGUGAAGUAUUCUGACAUGGUUCCUGUCCCAAAUGCAAGUAAAGUGUGCAGGAAAACACUUCGUGGGAAAUACUGGGUAGUUCAGGAGAAGGGAUGUCAUAGUUAAUGAUAAUAUUAUCUCUUAAACGAGAAAGGCUUAACACCCAAAGUUGGAGCUCUAUAGUUGGACUUCCUUAAAAUGAAGUUUUGCCAAAACAUUGAGUUUACCUUCUGUAACACACAUCUCCACCAUUAGCCACAUGAGAGUCAGGGGGAUACUUUGAGAGUCAGGGCUUAGUCCCAUGGGUGGUUAAACACUACCGUCAUCCAAGAGCACACCUAACUCGCCCAGCUGUUGUCCUGGUUAUAUCCCCAGGUGUGGAAAUGAGGAGGUGCUGCAAAGACAGAAAGCUGAGUGUGUGCUUUGCUGGAUGAGGGCACAAUGGUCAGCUCAGCCGAUGGACAGGAGCCAAGUAAAGGAAGUGGAGAUUAUUCCAGUGGGACCGCCUUGAUGCACAUAGAACUUGGGCGUGUGACUUGCCAAUAACCAUUACAAAAUGCAUUCUAGACAGAAGUCAAAUUGCAUUAUGCAUUUUGAAUCAAGUCUGGCUAUGAAAAUAACAGCUAUGCUGUAAUGUAGCUUUUUAGUCAAGUGAUUUCAUGGUGAUGGGGUAGUGCCAUUCCGAUAAAUGUCCUUAUGUCUUUGGGUAAAUGAAAGACAACCAUUAUGCGACAAAGCUUUGCAGUCACAACAUCUCUCAGACUGUGUGGCUUGAAGGAAGCCAAACUUGUGAAAAGUGUCAGAAAGCAACACUGUGUGUGCCACAAAUCACGUUCUGUUAAAAUCAGUAACUGUGGCAUCUGAGAAAUAUUAAUUGGAAGGGUUGACUGGAGGUCAUCUGGUCUAGCACUGUCAGAAUCAAGGCUAACGUCAGCACUAGCUCAGAUCAUAUACGGGUUUGUCUAGCAAAGUGUUAAAAAUAUCCAAAGAUGAAGUUCUCACAACCCUCUAGGUAACCUGUGACAGCUCUGCAGUACUCUCCUAGUGAAAACUUUCUUUUAAUGUCCAGCUGCAACUCCUAGGCUGUGAUUUGUGGCUGUUGCCUUUGCUGUUUUCUGGCACUCACAGGAAGAGGUUGGCACCAACCUUUUUUGUAACUGUCCUCGAGAUAAUUUCAGGCUACCAUUAGAGCACCUUCUAGCCGCCUUCUUACCAGACUAAACAAACCUGGCUUCCUCAGCCUCUCUGCAGGCUGUGUGCUUUAGGCCCCUGACUGCUUUGCUUUGUUGGAGGGCUACUCUCCAGUUUCUUCAAAUCUCUCUUGAAUCUGAAGGUCCCAAAACAGUAUUUUUGGUGUGGCCUUACCAGGGUUGAGUAGAGAUGGGUAAUAACUUUCCUCAGCCUGCAGGCCGUGCUUCUCCUGAAGUGGUGCACUGCAUGCUUUCCCCUGUUUGCAGUGAGUACAUUGCUGGCUUACAAUAUGCUUGGCGUUCACUAAAAUCCCAAGGUCCCUUCAGCAGGGGUAUUACUCUGUCAGUCACUUCCCAGCCCGUACUGAUGCUUUGCCACCCCCAAGGGCAGAACUUUCUACUUGUCCUUGUCAAACUUCAUGAGGUUUCUGUUAGCCCAGUCCUCAAGGUUGUUGAGAUGCUGCUGGACUGAAGCUCUGCCAGCUGUUACCAACCAGUGAAUCAGGUUCAGGUGUCGUUCACAGAUACUUUGAGGGUGCGUGCUAGGUCAUCAUCCAAGUCCCUGCUGAAGCUGCUGAACAACAGGAGAAUUGUAGCCUCUCAGAUCUUGGCCACUGGCUUACUCAUGGCUACACAGGUAUGACACGAACGAUGUUCAUGACUACCAGUUGCUGGAGUAAAGAACAGGUUGCCUUCCUGUCGUGUCAUCUCAGCUGCCAACUGCUUACAGCUGUGUGGCUUUUCCCUCUAGUACAAAGGCAAGAAAGCUUUAAAAAAGGAGAUGUUAAAGGAGUCCAUCCGUAAAUAAGUUCUUCUUUGGAUUCGUGGUGCCCCCUCAGCCUGGUUAAAGGGCUAGAUGGAGCAAGAGCACACAUAUAUUUCAAGUCCAUGGUUGUAUCUACUGGCCAAAAUCUUACCUACAGCACCUUUUCUAGAAGAAUCCUGAAAGGGAGUUGGUAGCAUGCAUAUACAUGUAUGUACGUGCAUUUUUAAGGGUUAUGUUGUCUGUGGUAAGUUAUUGUGACAUUCUUGUCACCAAUCCCGUAUUUUCAUGAGACUUGAACCUUGCUGUAGGAAGUGAAUGUGACAUGAGAUAGAGCUGUACAUUGUUAACUUCACCGAGUUCAAUAUAGCUAUUCCCAAAAAAACCCAAACUUAAAGAAAAAUAUUUAACUUCGCAGAUGAAUACAGAUAUAAAUUUAUAUAAUUAUGCAGUUGAUUACAGAGAAGCCAUCCUGGAUUUGUCAUGUACUUGAUAUAUUGUAAACUUUGAGAACUCCCUGAAGUCCCAGUUUUAAAAAACUUACCGAAGUAUGUAAGUAUAUACACGAGUAAUCCUGGGUGAAAUCCCAGGCUUACUGAGGUCAAAGGCAAAACUAGACUGAUUUCUACAGGGAUGAAAUUAGUUUCACAAGACUCCUCUUGAAUUUUGAUAAUUGUAAAAUAGAAAUCUCCCAUUCAGUGGAGAGCUAGUCCUGUUACAGCAGUUAGGUAAACAUAGCUUAUUUCAGAGCACACAUGUGGAUGUAAUAAAUUCUAUGGAGGACAACACUAGCUCCAAAGGUAUCCUGCUUGCUUAGGUGGAUUGGCAGUGUAAGUCCCUUAGAAUAUGUGCUUUUGAAUUGUAAGUGGCUAGUUUAAAAAAAAAAAAAAAAAGAAAGAGGUAUAUAUAUGUUGCUUGAAUAUGAAUUUGAUUUGUUAUGUGACAGCCUUAUUUUUGUAAUUAAAGCAAGCAGAGUUCUAGUUUGUUACUCUAGUUUGUUAAGAUGAUCUGGAAUUUUUUAAACUAGUUUUUUAAUAAUGAAAUGUAACUAUCGGGUAACCGGAAAGGUCUGUGGAAACUGGAGCUAUUUAUUGAAAGAAACAGCAAAUUUUUGAUUCUGUUUAAAAUACUUGCAUAUAAAGGUAUGCUUAAGAACCAAAUGACCCCAAUUUUUAGCUAAUACUUGUAGCUACCCCACUUUUUAAGAGGGAGAGCCAUGUGAAUUAAGCUGUAAAUCUUUGUACCUAGCUGAAGUUGCUGUGCGGGCCGAUGUGCACGUGCACAUUCACUGUAUCAGUGGCUUUGAUAGAUGUGUUUUUGUUUGUGCCACACACUACUGGAUAGUGCCUUGCCAGAAGAGGACUGCUUCUGUAGGGUCUUCUUAGAUGUGCGUACACUUUGAACUGAGAAAGGGGUAGUUUCUAUAUUGCUGUUUUUUUAAUGAUGCAGUAAACUGAUUUUGAGGCCUGAGUCAAGACGCACGCUUUGUAAGGUUAAAUCAGUUUUUGAUGAUGAGUCUUCUGAACUCUUGAUUUUUCAUAGUGUGGCUUUCUCUUCUUUUUUUUUUUCUUCACCUUUCUGUUGACUGUCUAGAAUCAAACCUUCCAAGGGAAGUGGGCCUGGAGUAAAGCCCCUAAAUCCAUGUUUACACUUCAAAAUAACCGAUUCAAGUGUUGAGCAGCCCAAGUGCUGUCACUGAAGUGAAAAGGAGCUGCCAGGCUCUCAGUGGAUCUCUUGGUUAUCCCUCCCUGCCCUGUCCCCCCGUCGGGCCAUUUAUUUAGGGAGUCCAAUUCUGGGAAUGCCAUGAUUCAGAAGUAGGACCCUGAGAUUUUAGGCAGUGCCUUGUGGCCCUUCAUAGGAGUGCAAGAGCGGAGUCAUCACCAGGAAAGUGCCAAAUACCAUUAGUCUUCAGGGACUUGUCCACCGAUUUCACUAAAUCUUGGCACGAGCGGUGGGGGGAGGAGGGAGCCCCUCAUAUUCGCCCUGCACAGAGGGCGGGAGUGGGAGACACGGUGCAGAGUGGCCCACAGCUUGUUGACGGCACCCUGAGCAGCAGUUCUCACGGGGCCCUUGGCUGGCAGUGCCGUGUGUGAAACCACGCGGUGCUGCUCCCCACGGAACUCCGGCUGCAGCACAGCCUAUUCUUCACCCUCUUGCUCCCCAAGGAAUUUGGGAGGGGAAUUGGAGAACAGCUUCUUUAGAGCAGUUCUUCAGCCAGGUCAGAUCCAGCUUUUACUCCCUUGUUCCUUUACCUCUUCCUAAUGUGCUCCAUCCUGUCCUGCAUAGACCUACAUGUGUGCAAAGCUUCCACUCCUGGCCAUCUGCUAACAUCCCUGCAAGGUCGCAAAUGCAGAGCUGAUGUUCACCUUCACGGCGUCAGUGUUUCGUAACUUGGUGGGGGAGGGAGCACAUUGCAUCCUAGGCCAUGUACACGUUAUAUAUUAAAACUGUGUUCAUCUAAUAAAAAAUGUAAUUCACAAAA